AUCAUCGAUCACUCCAGAGUUCAAACUUUAAAUAGUAUUUCAUGAGAACAAUUUCGGUUCAAUGUUUCCGUGAAAUUAAUUAUUCUCGAGGUGCAGUCUUGAAACAACGGACGACCUUCAAACUAAAACGAUAACUACACGAUAAGUAUUUAUAUGAGAAAAGAACUCCGUUAGUUCUCGGACGUCGACACUAUCAGACAACCGUCAGUUCCAUAAUGUCCAGGUACCGAAAGGGCGGCGGCAGCGGUAGGAACAAGCGGCAACAGGACCGCCCGGCGUCCGUCCACCGUCAACAGUGGUCGGGACGCCUAUCGCACUGGUACAACCGCAAGCCGCUGGUCACGGUCGACCAGUUGCACAAGUACCGCCGGAAGGAGUUCGCCACCGGAACCUCGGCGUUAGGGUCGCGACCGCAGCAGGAACCGCCGAUCGGGCUAUCGGCCGAACCGCCGGCACCGUUGGACACCGAGUAUAGGUGCCAGUUCACGCCGCCAUACCGGACCGCGGAGGAGAUGAGCACGAACAGACGGCACGCGGCCGUGCCCAAGGACGAGCUGCAGGUGGGCAGCGGCCCAGGGGAGUUCACGACCGAGAACGCGGAACGGUACACGGACACGCCCAGGGAACGGAACGUGGCCCCGCGGCAGGGCAGCCACAUCGGCCCGUUCGUGUGCGCGGACGCCGCGACGCCGGAGGGCCUGGAAUUCCGGUCGGAGCAGCACGAUCAGUACGUGCCGCACCCGGAUGGCCGGCGGGCGGACAAUCUGCGGCCAGGCACCGGGCUCAGGGUGGACGAGGGCACGAUGGACGGCCAGACCGAGCAGAUGGCCGAGUACCGCGAGUAUCCGACCACGCCUUAUCCGGACGCGGCUGGACCAGAUCAAAAUGGAGCGAUCGCACCGGACGAAUCAAGUCAGUUGGCUCCCUCAAGACGGCUGUGCGACGAGAGUUUAAAAGAAAUGAUCCUGAUUCGAGACAGUGGCAUAUUGCUCCGACCCGCGGGUUCGUUCACUGUCAUCGGUGGAUCUCGAACUGAACGUCCCGGCAGCGUCCUGAGGAGACCAGCGUUUCGCCUAGAAGUAGUGGACUGUAGUGGAAGUGGUGGCGGUGGCGGCGGCGGUGGCGGCGAUGGGCGGAAUAGUGCUUUCGUGGUGUUGGAGAAAAAUUUCCACGCGACGACGCCGACGGCAGUGGAAGAGCAGCAGCAGAUCGUGGGCGGCGGCAGCGAUGACGCCGUAAGUGGUAGCAACAGGUGGGUGAAGAGGAGGCAACGGAAAAUGAGCACCGCGAGGUUUUUCGACAAUAGGCAAGCUCGUUUUCCGGCCGUCGACACUGGCAAGACUAUACAGUAGGCAAAUUGUCGUUAUAGUCGUUCGUGCACCGCAGUGUUUCCCAACCUUUUUUUUCCGUACUUGUAGAUUUUCGAAAAUAUAAUAUUGCGUCCCUCCGAUCAGUUUAAAUUAAAAAAAAAUAGAAAUUUUGAUGACCCUUUUUUUCUUUAACACUCUUUGACACAUUUGACACUCUUCCAAUAGGUAAAAAUAAGACCUUAAAGUCCCGUGCUACGUCGGUUUAUCAACGAACGAUUAGCAAUUAUUUCGUUUAUACAAAUAAAUAAAUAAUUAAAAAUUAUCUUAUCUCGAUGUUGCGCGAUUGCUGUUGUCCACGCCUUCUCAGUGAUGUUUUCUAACCACCUCUCUCCUUCUUCUCAUCCUCAUCACAAUACAAAGGUUGGAAAUCAUUGGCACGUCGGAAGCCGUUCGUGUUUCAUUCCGGCCAACUACGGAGAUGAUAUUAUUAUAUAUUUUUUUUUUUUUGCAAAUCCUAUUACGACGCACGAUUUUACUAUCACCUACCUAUACCUAUACUAUGUUAUAUGAUACGUUCAAAUCACACGUAGUGAUUUUCGUGUCAUUAUAACGUAAUAACUACAGCUGGAGAUGAACUGACUCGAGUUAUAGUUAACUGUCAAUAAAGAGAGAGAGAGAGAGAGAGAAAGAGAGAGUUAAAAAAUAGUACUUAUGUAUUACUGUAAUCUUUGAUGUUUAAAUUGUUAUUUCAGAGAACGAUGUUAUACGAGACUCGAUUAUUAAUCAGCAUUUUGAUUACGUAAAAUAAAAUAAAUAAUUAUUGUAUUACCUUAUUUUAGUCGUUUAAGUGUUAAAAUAUUCAUGGUAAUGCACACUGCAUUAGUUGUACACGUAU